AUGCCGGACAAAUCCACUCUCUUCGGCAAGCCCAACAGCGCUGAGGUCCUGCGCGACGGCACCACGGCCAACGUCAACACGUCGGGCGACAUCGUCCAGUCAUCCGACCCAUCCGCACGCCCCGACGCUUCGUUGGGCCAGAAGCUCAAGGGCGACCUCCAGGGCGCGAUCCACACAGCUACAGGCUCCGCCCAGGCUGCCGUUGGCGCCGUGACGAGGAACGAGAAGAUGCAGCAGGAGGGCCUACACAAGAUGCAAGAGGAGGACCAGCGGUUGGGAGUCAAGCAUGGCGUCAUGCCUGUGGGGAGCAACCUGAGAGAGAAGGCUUCGGGUGUUCCUUCGACGCACCCCCAGAACCCGACUGGCCCAGUUGUGGAAUAA